AUGAAGUUAGCCGGCCUCUUUCUGGCAGCCCUGGGAGCCAUUGGACCCGUAGCUGCUCAUCGGAGUCCGCAACAUGUCGGCAAGAAGCUUCCCCGGCUUGCGGAGCAGCAUGUUGCGCGAUCUGUACCGUCUCCCCCUAUCGCCGCCCGCGCGGAACAGGAUUCGCCAUAUCUGAACGAGAAAUCAUACAAAUUCGCGGUCAACGGCGCGAAUAUUCCCGACGUGGAUUGGGAUAUUGGUGAAUCCUACGCAGGCCUUCUGCCCAUUUCCGACGACCCCAAGGAGGAAAGGCAGCUGUAUUUCUGGUUCUUCCCAUCCGACAAUCCUUUGGCGGGGGACGAAAUCACUAUCUGGCUUAACGGUGGCCCGGGAUGCAGUUCGCUCGAGGGAUUGCUCCAAGAAAACGGGCCCUUCCUGUGGCAGUAUGGAACCUUCAAGCCUGUUAAGAACCCGUAUACCUGGGUUAAUUUGACGAACAUGGUUUGGGUCGAACAGCCCGUUGGAACCGGCUUUUCUCAAGGAACGCCGAAUGCAACAUCUGAGGAAGACGUCGCAGAGCAAUUCCUGGGAUUCUUCAAGAAUUUUGUCGACACCUUCAACCUCCAUGGUCGAAAGGUCUACAUCGCGGGAGAGAGCUACGCUGGGUACUAUGUCCCGUACAUCGCCAAUGCGAUGUUUGACAAAGAGAACACCGAAUACUACAAUAUCCAGAGUAUCAUGAUCUUUGACCCUUCGUUGAGCUCGGAUGCGAUCCAGGAACAGAUCCCUACUACCCCAUUCGUCGACUACUGGGGCCAUCUCCUGAGUCUGAACGAGAGCUUCGUCGAGAAUCUGCACUCUCUGCAUAAGUCCUGUGGUUACGAGGACUAUAUCAAAGAAAACCUCGUUUACCCACCGAAGGGGAAGUUCCCAGAGCCUCCUUCCACGGACGGAGAAUGCGACUUGUGGGAUUCUGUGUUCGUGGCUGCUAGUGACAUUAAUCCAUGCUUCGAUGUCUAUCAGGUGGCCACUACUUGCCCAACCCUCUGGGACGUGCUCGGUUUCCCCGGAAGCUUUGACUACCUUCCUGCUGGAGCCAAGAUAUACUUCGAUAGACCAGAGGUGCAGAAAGCGAUCAACGCACCUAAGACGAACUGGGCCGAGUGUACCGACACUGAAGUCUUCGUGGGUGGCACAGACAACUCCGAACCAUCGUCCUAUUCGGUUCUCCCGUCCGUGAUUGAGAAAGCCAACAGGACGAUCAUCGGCCACGGCUUGCUGGAUUUCAUUCUCCUCGCCCAGGGAACCCGCCUAGUAAUCCAGAAUAUGACCUGGAACGGAGCCCAGGGCUUCAGCGCUGAGCCUUCAGAUGACUUCUACGUUCCCUACCACCCCCAAGCCUCGCUCUCUACUCUGGCUGGAGCAGGUACUGCGGGCACAUUCAGGACCGAAAGAGGCCUUACUUAUGCCGAAGUCAAACUGAGUGGACACAUGAUCCCGCAGUAUUUCCCCACGGCUGCUUACCGUCUGGCUGAAUACCUUUUGGGACGCAUUGACACGCUGUCGGAAAAUGCCACCCAGCCUCUGUAA